AAAAAUCCCUACUAAUUUUAAAUUAAAAUGGAAAAAUAUGAGAACCUCGGAUUGGUUGGAGAAGGAAGUUAUGGGAUGGUGAUGAAGUGUAGGAAUAAAGAUAGCGGAAGAAUUGUGGCCAUAAAGAAGUUCCUAGAAAGCGAUGAUGACAAGAUGGUUAAAAAAAUUGCUAUGCGAGAAAUCAAGUUACUAAAGCAACUGAGGCAUGAAAAUUUGGUGAAUCUUUUGGAGGUGUGUAAGAAAAAAAAACGGUGGUAUCUAGUCUUUGAAUUUGUUGACCACACGAUUCUUGAUGACUUGGAACUCUUUCCAAAUGGACUAGACGACCAAGUAGUUCAGAAGUAUUUGUUUCAGAUUAUUAAUGGAAUUGGAUUUUGUCACAGUCACAACAUCAUACACAGAGAUAUAAAGCCGGAGAACAUAUUGGUCUCGCAGUCUGGCGUCGUCAAGUUGUGUGAUUUUGGAUUUGCCCGGACCCUUGCGGCCCCGGGGGAGGUUUACACCGACUACGUGGCGACGCGGUGGUACAGAGCUCCGGAGCUCCUGGUCGGUGAUGUCAAGUACGGCAAAGCUGUGGACGUGUGGGCCAUCGGUUGUCUGGUUACUGAAAUGCUCAUGGGGGAACCCUUGUUUCCUGGAGAUUCUGAUAUUGAUCAGCUUUAUCUUAUCAUGUUGUGUUUAGGUAAUCUCAUUCCAAGACAUCAGGAACUGUUUUAUAAAAACCCUGUGUUUGCUGGAGUAAGGUUGCCUGAAAUCAAGGAAACAGAACCUCUUGAAAGACGCUACCCCAAGCUCUCUGAAGUUGUGAUAGAUUUAGCAAAGAGAUGUUUACAUGUUGACCCUGACCAAAGGCCCUUCUGUGCGGAGCUCCUGCACCAUGAUUUCUUUCGGAUGGAUGGGUUUGCUGAGAGGUUUCCUCAAGAACUACAGUUGAAAGUACAGAAAGAUGCCAGAAGUGUAUCGUUAUCGAAAAAGUCCCAGAACAGAAAGAAGGAGAAAGAAAAAGAUGAUUCCUUAAACGAGGAAAGAAAAACACUUGUGGUACAGGAUAACAACACUGACUCCAAAGUUAGAGAUCCUAAAAUAUUUAAAAUAAAAGGAUCAAAACUCGAUGGAGAAAAAGUCGACAGAGGCAGUCGACCUUCGAAUGCCAGCUGUCUCCAUGACAACGGGACAAGCCACAUCAAAGCAGUGCCUUCCACAAGCCUUAGAGACUGCAGCACCGUCCACGCUGAUCAUACAAGGAGUGCAGCCGUGGCAAUUCCCCCACUGACGCACGCCCUUUCUGCCGUUGCACCUGCUGUUAACUCUCAAAUGGGGACUAUCCCAGGAGUUCAGAGUUACAGAGUGGAUGAAAAAACGAAAAAAUAUUGUAUUCCAUUUGUUAAGCCAAAUAAGCAUUCUCCAUCAAGCAUUUAUAACAUGAAUGUGACUACAUCAGUCUCUAGUGAAAAGAAUCUCCUUCAGGCAAAUAAGAAAAGAGGGGAGUACGCCAAGACAGAUGUGCGUCUACCUGAACUGAACUAUAGUCAUCUCCCUGAACUGAGGGCCUGGGAGGGCAUAGCUCGACAUUCUAGGCUAGUAAGAAAGGAGAACAAAAUCCUUGCAGAAACUCGGAUUCCUUCGCUGGCUGCUAUUGACCUGCACACCCCCAGCACUGCAGUGCGUCAGGUGUCCGGGUCUCCCCUGUCAGAGGGCUCAGAGGCUGACUUGCCAUGGACGGAGCACCAGCACUGAGGUUCUGGUCUGGAUGCUGCCCUGGCACUGAGGAUGGCAUCCUCCUGCAACAAGACUGCUUGUAUCCUGGGAGGAGAGAUGAGUACUUUGGGUGGCUUCCUCUGAGCUCCCUGUGUCCUGUAAGAGACUUCGCAGAAGAGGGGACCGCAGGGACUUGCAGUCGUCUCAAAGGAAGACUGAACAGAUGCUCCUCCCCACUGUUCCAAGAUGUACCUAGUGAAAGGGUGAUGUGCUUCUGGUUACACAAGUGUGUGCUUGCUGCUAGUAAAUAGUGUAUCUAAAGUUAUGAAAGCGAGUGAGCCAAGGACAGAGACCUUACAAAAGGUCCUGAAUUGCACCUUGUGUUCUCUGUGUGAAUGUGAGCCUUUGUGUGGGAGUGGGUCGGAUGGGGGGCGGGGUGGUGAUAAAACUAGGACCAGUAAGAGAGAAUGUUUGUUUUCCCCUAAUUUAACUCCAGAAACGUACUUU